CUGGGGGUAAAAGGCGGACGCAUGAUAUCCGGAACCAAUUGAUAUCGGUAGCGUGUUCCUAGAGGGACGUUUUUUGCCGUGGCAUUCUUGUUGUCAACAUUUCGUCCAGUCGUACAUGUCAAAGCUGUCUGCUGAAUAAAUACAAUUUACAGAAUGACAGAUGGUCCAGAAACGCCGCCUAACUAUGAGGAGCAGUUUGCCCACCGGUUCUCUCUCGAGGACCCGGAGUACCAGCAGUACGUGAGUCGCCCCGCCAACCCCCCGCCACUGGUAGAGGACUGGGGGGGGCGUGGAGGUGGAAACAACCGGGGCAGAGACAACAGAUCACAGGACCGUGGCGGGUACAGGGGCCGUGGUUGGGGAGGGGACAGGGGCAGAGGUUGGGGAGGGGACAGGGACCGCGGGGGAGACAGGGACCGCGGAGGGGAUAGGGACCGCGGAGGGGAUAGGGACCGCGGGGGAGACAGGGACAGGCGUUACGGCCAGGGUGGUGGUGGGCAUCAGUCUGGAAGAUACAACUCCUACAACCAGAGACCAUCACAUUACGACCGCUACUGAACUCCUCUUACUGUGGAGUGAUCCCAUUCACAUCACCCCGGGGCUCUCCAACCCUGUUCCUAGAGGGAGACCCUCCUGUAGGUUUAAACUCUCACCCUGUUCCUAGAGGGAGACCCUCCUGUAGGUUUAAACUCUCACCCUGUUCCUGGAGAGAGACCCUCCUGUAGGUUUAAACUCUCACCCUGUUCCUAGAGGGAGACCCUCCUGUAGGUUUAAACUCCAACCCUGUUCCUGGAGAGAGACCCUCCUGUAGGUUUUCACUCCAACCCUGUUCCUGGGGAGAGACCCUCCUGUAGGUUUAAACUCCAACCCCAGGUGUAACUAGCCUGAUUCAGUUUAUCAACAAGAUAAUUAUUAGAACCAGGUUCGUUUGACUAGAGUUGGACUAAAAACUCUCCAGGAACAGGGUUGGAGUUGAAACCUACAGGAGGGUAGCUCUCCAGGAACAGGGUUGUAGAACCCUGCAUUAUUACACACACACACUGGCCGUAGCAGGUCAAUCUGAUCUCUCACCUCUCUUCCAGAUUUAAUAUUGUAUUGAUCAGUGAUGUCAUGCUCUAAUCCACACGGAACAGGAUUACAACAGUGGUAUUGAUGAUUCCAGCCAGUAGUCAAACUAUUUUCUCUAUAGGCCCUUUUCUAUAGUAGUACCACUAUAUAGGGAAUAGGUUGCCAUUUGGGACACAAUCAGUGCAGCAGAGUCAAAUGUAAAGUUUAAGAUGCUCAUCUUUGCUACUAGUGUGAUGAACUGCGUUGAUGGGCAUGUGGUGUAUUGUGAGGGUGGUUCUCUUGUGUUCAUUUAGUUUGUUUCUCUUGACUCCUAAGACAACAUAUUCAGCUGGUCUGCAUGUUGAUACGGUGUCAUUGAAUCAAUCUAAAAAUGUGUGAUGAAUGAAACCACAUUUGAACAGUCAAUGUAAUCUAUUUUUCUUACGUCACAAAUAUGCUCAUUCUUUCCAGUUGAAGAUGUGACUUGGAAUGGUAAUCAGUAACACACAUUUUUUUUUCUUGUCUGAAAAAUACAAAUAAAUAUUAAAUAAAAAUGGUCUUUGUC